GUUGACUCGGAACUCCGGAGGUCAGCGACAGUCAUCAUAACACAGUGGUGGAGGGAGCACGUGUUGCUCCGCCGGGGCUUCCUGGAUACAGUGUUCUCAGUGCGCGGAUGGAGUGACAGAAAGACUAAUACUACGCCAUGUCCGACAGAUUUCAUAGGGCGGCGCGGGACGGGUACCUGCACGUGCUGAAAGAAGCCACGAGGCGAGACUGCAACCACCCUGACGAAGACGGCCUCACCCCGACCUCCUGGGCUGCCUACGAGGGGAACCUGGACGCUCUCAGGGUCAUUGUGGGAAGAGGCGGUGACCCGGACAAAUGCGACCACUACGGCAACACGGCGCUGCACUGCGCCUCCGCGCGGGGCCACAUGUCCUGCGUCUCCUUCCUCGUCAACUUCGGCGUGAACGUGUGGGCGCUGGACAACGACCUGCACACCGCCAAAGACAUGGCCGCCAUGAACAGCAAAGAUGACAUCCUGCGCUACCUGGACUCCGUGUACGCAAAGCAAACCGUGUCUGACCCCAAGCAAGUCAAAAAGAUCCAGGAGAAAGCACAGAAGGACGCAGAGAAAAGAAGGAAGGAUUUCGACAAGAUUCAAAAGAAAGCUGACAAGAAACGAGAGGAGGAAAAUCUCAAGUUGCAGAAGGAACGAGAGAAGAUUGAGAGAAAUGAGGAAAAGCCGCAAAGCGGAGGCGUGAAGAAAACCAUCAUGAACACCAUAUCCCGCGGCUCCCUGGCCUUCAUCGGCGGCCCCAGGAAGGACUCCCGCACUCUGUAUGACAACGCCUACCAGAGCCCCAAAUUCUCGGACCUCACCACAGCCAAGGACCCCUCCAAGAAGACCCUGGGCGGCAUGCAGAAGAAGAUUAUCAGGAAGAAGAUGAUGGAUGAGAACAGAGGACCCAAUGACUUCAAGGUGGGCACCAUAGAGUCUGACGGCAAGAAGUCAGUGAGGAACUUGAAGGGUCUGCGCCGCGACUCUGAGAUCAUCUUUGUGCCCAACGGGAGCCUGAGCAGCACCAACAGUGAGUCCUCAACAUACGGCAAGAGAGGGAAGCUGACAGACGUGUUUGAGCAGGACGGGGAGGACGGCGGGCAGCCCCUGCAGCGCACCCUCAGCCAGCCGGACUUCUUCUUCGGCGAUCAGGACAACCCCGCCAAUAAGAACCGCAGCUCACUGUUUGCCAGGCCCGGCUUUGGCUCCGUUGCCUUCAGGAACUCCAUCACGGCCACGCUGAGCAGUCUGGCCCCGAGUGGUAGUGACGACACCUCGCCCAGACUCUCCCCUCAGCAGGGCUCCGGCAGCUCCCUGGCUCACGGCAACGACUCAUCAGAGCCUUGGGAAGAAGAGGACCUCCCUUCAGACGACGAGAGCGAGGCAACACCAGUGUACCUCUUCCUGGCGGCGGCUGGACUGGCAGACUUCAUCCCCACCUUUUCUCGGGAGCACAUAGACCUGGACGCCCUCAUGCUGCUCACCGAGGAGGACAUGCUCAACCUCAAGCUGCCGCUGGGGCCACGCAGGAAGCUCCUCAAGGCUAUCAAUGAGCGCAAGUCUGCCAUAGAGAAUCCCGGGGAGGUUGAGGAUAGUCAGCUCUGAGGGAGUGUUGUGUGUCACCAACAUGUUGUUGUUGGCGCCACAGCUCCUGCCGCCAACACCUCCCCCCCACCGUCCCUCUCGCUGGCAUGACCAUACAACCAUUCUAGUCCAUGUUGUGCACUGACCUACUGACCUGUUUCCUGCCAGUAACUCUUGACUAUAUCUUUGUACAUUUAUGUGUCUGGGUGUUGUUUUUACACUGCGUAACUGCAAUGUGAAGAGUAAUGUAUGUGUGUGUGUGUGUGUGUGUGUGUGUGUGUGUGUGUGUGUGUGUGUGUGUGUGUGUGUUUAAAGGAUCAGUGAGCUACAGUCACUCCUGAUGUAUGAACUUGGUUAGUGAAGUACAGAAGACGUGUGUGUACAUAGUAACACAGGAACUACACAGUAUAUUUCACACUUUCAUUGGAUAAAAUGAUGAAAGAAAACUCUUACUUUAAUAAUGACUGCAUCAUUAGCAAUCUUAAGUAACUAAAAUUUGUAGAAUCCAUGGAUAAGCAUAAUCGAAAAGUAAUUACCCCUUAAAGUGAAGAAAAAUUAAUAUAACAUGUACGUUAUUAAAACAUCACAUAUGUAGAAAAUCUCUCUCUCUCUCUCUCUCUCUCUCUCUCUCUCUCUCUCUCUCUCUCUCUCUCUCUCUCUCUCUCUCUCUCUCUCUCUCUCUCUCUCUCUCUCUCUCUCUCUCUCUCUCUCUCUCUCUCUCUCUCUCUCUCUCUCUCUCUCACGUGUGUAGAUAAGUUUUAACAGUUUUGUAUCAUAAUUACUUUUCUUGAUGACCCGGUGCAUUCCUCAUCCUUCCAGACACUCUUGUAAAAUUCUGUUACGUAAUUAUAGCGUUUACAGUGUAGUGUAAAUCAUGUAAAAAUGUAAUGUAUAUUUUGAAGGUAGCCAGCAGCCCCAUAAAAGACUAAGCAGAAUUUGAUGUUAAGAGUAACCCUGCCAUUCUCUUGCCAUGGUAAGAGGUCUCAGACCAGGACCAUUUUGUUUUGUUUGGCUGAUGUGUUACCGCGAACGUGCGUGGCUGUCCCCAGAGAGCCAAGAGUUCCUGUGCCUCCCACACCUCCAGUACAGCCUUCAGGAAUGUGUAUCAGGAAUGUGUAUGACCAAAGAAAGAACAUGGAAUUAUGUAGCCAUGAUUUGAUUUUCGAAAGUUACAGAUUUCCUCCGAGUCUCCUUCCUCCACUUUUUUUUUUUUUUUUUAAUAUUAUAUGUGCAGGGCACUAGAGUUGCUCCAUAACACGCAUAUUUGAAUUACAUGUUGGUGGUGAGGGAGCUGAGUGUCACUUUUAACAGUGUGUAGGAAACACAGUGGGUGUAUCUCCAAUUCAGUAAUGAGUGUGCAGGCAGGUUGUGCCCUCCUGUGUAAACGGAAAGAUUGAUAUGUGUCAUCCUCCCCAUGUAGUAACGAACAUUUUACAUUCCUGUUCUUGUUUUCUUAAUUAAUUAGGUGCAAUGUCAUGCGCCACGGCAGCAUUACCGUGAUGUUCUCCACUGAUUGACUGAUACAGCACGGCCUGAGGUACCGACUCUUGUGAUGAGUGUGUGAAGCAUUCCAUCAGCCACCUCCUAAGGAACAAAUUGUGCCAUUACUCCCUACACUGUUCCUUAUCGUUGUAAUAUUAGUCCAUCUCUUUUUAUCCUUCCAUAAUUUUAUGUACAUUGUGUGAUCUCUGCAUCACAUUUCUUGUCUUAAUUAGGAAGUGAAAAUAAAGAAUUAUUGAC